AUGUCGCGGCUUCGCUUGCUGCCGCUCCUGCUCUUGUUGCUCUUGGUCGGUCAGGAACAGGCGGAACAGGCUGAGUCACUCGAAGGGAAGGAGAAGACUGAGAAGACAGAAGCGCUGCAAAGCCGCGUCGCGACGCUGGAAAAGGAGAUCUCCUUCUUGAACCGGAUCUCAGAGCUAGAAGCCGAGAUGCAGGGCUUGCGCAAGCAGCUGGCGGACUGCGAGCGAUCGUGGGACACGUCCUCUAAAGCUGCAAACACACGGACCUCGUCUGAAUACACUGUGUUCAGUGUUGCGGCCGCUUUGACCAACGACUUGGCCAGUGCAGUGUUGCCGAUGGUGUUGGGCAUCCUAGCUUACGUUUCUGCGACCACUGGCUUUGCUCGUGAUGAGAAGUUGAAGAAAGCUCGCCACAGCUGCAGCUCGACGGAUGGAGAACCCUUUGCUGCACAUGCUUUGAGCAGCUCCUCCGGGGAAAAAGUCCAACCGAAGCGCCGGGGAGGCGAUUCGCCUACGGCGAAGUCACCGAUGGCUGGGGAAGAGGAGGCUAUUGGAACGUUACCUGAUCCGGAUCCUCCAGAUCCUUGUGACCAUGACGUUCCUGAUGUUCCUUGCCAGAACGUCUCCAAGGAGGAAGUUCCUGCAGCCAGUCUACUGCCGGAGUCGGAUGAGCCCCCACCGGAGCAAGCAGAAGACGUGAGAUGCUACCUCAGUCUCAGUGAGGUCCCUCCGGGGCUUCCACCACCGUUUCGCCCGCCUCCCGGGCUAACAAGAGUGGAGCCGCUGCCAGUGUUUCAACUGGACUUGAACAGGGCGCAGGAUGUGGCAGAAAUGGUGGUGGUCGAUGGCGAUUCUUACCCGCCCGACGCACCUCUCAACAUGGCGCCCGGGCCCGGCAGCCUGCAGAGCUUGCAGAGCCUGGGGGAAGGUGAGGACGAAGAGGACGUGAACAUGGAAAUAGCUGCCUGUCACGAGCAUUCUCGGCAGGAUGGCCAUGAGCCAGAGCAGCCGCAAAUCACACCAAAUGCCCAUGAAGAUGAAGUAUGGCCGGAAGCUGAGGAAGACGACAGAGAGGAUGGCGAGGAGGAGGAGGAUGAGGAGGAGGAGACAGAGGAGAGAUCAGAGCCUGAAGAGCAGGCAACGAAACUCCCCGAAGAACAGGUCGAGGAGAACGAUCUCAACCAGCUGGCAGAUCACAAGAAUCACAAUUCCAGCGGGACGAAUGGAAACGUAGGCCACAAGAGGCCCAAGAAGAAGCACGGCAGUGCGGAGGCUUGCAAGGAGAGAGGACGGCGUGCAAAACAGAAGCGGCCGGAAAGGGAUUCAUCAGAUCCAAAAUCCAAAGCAAAAAGGAGGUCUGCUAGCCCUAGUCAGCCUGAUCUGGAGCAGCGGCAGUGUCGAUCAAACAUCGUGCUCCUUGCUCUGGCAGUUGCCGUGAUAGCUGGCAUUGGUUACAAAGUGAUUGGGGUCUUUCCGGCACGUCAAAGCAACUUCUCGUCCUUCAUGGAGGAGUCCCUACCGGAGCACUGUACGAGCGAAAUACCAGGUCAUGUCGUAGUGAUGGGCCCGGAGUACAAGCUCCCAAAAAAGAUUGUGGAAACAAAGCCGAGCAUUUCCUUGCAUGCACCAUGCUUUCUGAAAAGCUUCCAGAAGGUAAGCAAGAAGUACCGGCCGACAGGGAAUUGGCAUUGGUACAAGACGGGACAAGCUUCGGGAGAGCAGCUGAGCAUUCAACAUUCCCACGAGCCUCCGAUCUUUUCGGCACGUGCGAGAGAUGACAGCGCCGUGGUCACGUUCCUCACGGACAACAUCUUUCCAAAGUUUGGUGAAUUGAACGACAUGAGCUACGAGUGGUAUGUGCUUCAACAGGACGCAGGCUUCGUUGUGAUGCUGCCAGAUCCGGGCGCACAUGAGUCCCUCCAGGAGGCUCAGAGACAUUGGCGGCCCCUUUUCCAGAAACUGGCCCACACCUUCUACCCAAGAUAUUUCAUGGCCUAUGCAUCCACCUUCGAUGAAAAGUCCCUGGAGUGGAUUCGGAAAGACUUCGGUAUAACCUCUUUCCCAGCGGUUGUAGUCUACACAGGACACCCGCAAGACGAACUGCAGAUUGUCCAGCAAGACGUCCGGGAGAUGACAUACGACAAUUUAGCACAGUUCAUCCAGGAUGUGGAGGAUGGUUGCAUGACGUGGCUGCAUCCAAUCCUUACUUUUUACGAUUUGAAGCCCAUUACGGAGAAGCAACGACACCUACCAUCCUUAGAAUUCGAUGUUGUGCUUGGAGCUGGUGACUCUGCGCAUGGCAAGCUGGGCAUGGCUGAGGACUGCGGCGCACUGUUGCCACAGGCGCCCUAUGCUGGCAAAUGGGUUCCGUUGAUCACGUGUCCAAAGGUCACAGUUGACUUUGCUUGCAAAUUCGCCGGCGUUGGUCCGGAUGACGUGGCAUGCGAUCUGGGCUGUGGAUUGGGUGGUUGGUGCAUCGCCGCCGCAGAGUGUGGAGCGAGAGCAAUCGGCCUGGACAUCAAUCCGGACAACCUGAAGCAGGCGCGGGCCAGCGCUGAACACGCAGGCCAGGAGCUCAUGUGUACAUUUCGGGAGUGUGAUUUCACAUCGCCCAGCUUCUCACUGCCUGAUGAUGUGACAGUGUUGUUCGUGUACCUGCUCCCGUGGGCGCUGGAGUAUUUGGAGGGCGUAUUCUUGCAAGCUACGCGACGCGGUUGCCGCUUGGUGUCUUUUCAAUUCCACCCUGCCAACUUUGAACCUGUCGAAGUGUCGCUGUUCGGUGGACUCAAGAUGUAUAGGCAGCAGAAUAUUGGCGACAUAUGCGACAUGCACCAAGGCGAGUUGGUGCAGAAGCUCAAGGCCCAGAUAAGGCGCGUUGAGGAAUUUCCAGUUCGUUUCACUGCCGAUCGAGUUGCGCCACAGGAUUGUGAAUCCUUCUUGCACUCCAUGGACUGUGAAGAGGCCGAUGGUGGCGAGGGCGAGGGAGGAGAGUCGGAGGAGGAUUCGCAAGCAAGCGAUCCGGUGGCAACGGACAGUGAGGACGGCGAGGCCAUGCCGGGGCAAAACAUCCUGGAGCGCCCCACGAGGCAGACGCGAGGCCAGCGGUUCACCAUUCUGGAUGGCAAGGAUCGAAGGGACGACGAGGAUUUCUGGGCCAACAAAGGCUUUCGUGAUGCGUCCUCCGACAGUGAGUUCAAUGCGCAGGAGGAGUCCGAUGAUACGCAAGAAACUGACUUCAGCCAAGCGCAAGAUGAUGCCAGCGCAGAGGAAAAGGAGCCCCCAAAAGAGCCUCCGGUGCGGACCAGGAAGAAGCCAGUGCUUCCCCCGAGCAGACCACCACCGGCCCCAUCUGUUUCUGGACCACCAGGAUCUUCUGAAGGGACUGCGCCAGCGAGGCGCGUCAGGCGACGAAUUCCGCAGCUGCUCCUGCGAUCGAAUAGGAUUCUUCGCAAAUCAACAAUGGAGAUACGAGCUCACAGAGAGCUCAAGGCUGGCCAAGCACGUCCAAAGAGGCAAAGUCUUCAGGCCAAGCCUGAAGUAACACCGCCGACCCAGGAGGAGAGGCUCCAGGAGGCCGUUCGGACCGAGGCAAGGAACCGACAGCAGUUCCAAGAGUUGCAAAGCGAGGAAGAUGAGAAAAGGCGCUCGUCGAAGCGAGCUCGAAGGACAAAGUUCGGCGGACCACGGCUCCGCUUUGUUUCGAGGCUGUCCGACAGCCAAGACAUGGCCAGGGAUGCCAUCGGGGCGCGCCCGGGUGUUGAGAGCUAUGUCGAACUGAUCGAUUGCGAUGUGUCCGACUUCCUCAGGUUGCCGAGCACGCAACAGGCCAAGCAAAGUCUAUGGCGCGACUUGGAGGGAGGUGAAGACGGCAGCUCAAGCUGGGCCCGGGGCAAUGGACAGAGCCUUUGA